AUGGACAAGAAGAUUAAAGAUAGUGCGUCACCCUUGGAGUGGAAGGAGGUGACAGGACGCAAGAAGAAAGCUGAUAAGGCUGAAAGGAAAACUCAUGCUGAGGGGCAGACAAAUAAUGUCCAGAGAAGGAGAGAGAAGCGAAUAAAAACAAGAACAGAAGCCAUUAUCAUAAAACCAGCUGAGGGCAAAACGUAUGCGCAAGUCCUAGGAGAAAUCCGGGGAAAUUUUAAGCCGGAAAAUACGAACACAGUGGUAAAAUCUAUUCGUCAGACAAGAGCUGGAUUUGUCUUGCUAGAGUUAGACAAGGAAUCAAAAAAUCAAAAGGGUUUUACAGAAGCACUUAAAAACGCGUUGGGAGACCAGGGCACAGUCUUCAACAAGGUACCGCGGACUUCUCUAGAAAUAAGAGACCUGGAUAGCCUCACAACAGAAGAAGAAGUCAGAGAAGCACUGACACGAGAUCUCCAAGAACUAACAGGAGAGCUCAAAGUCAGCUUAACGAAGCCCAACACUAGAGGCCAGAUCAUGGCAAUAGUAGAUGUAGAUGAACAAGCAGCCGAGCAUUUACUUGAAACUGCACAUAUUAAGGUCGGAUGGGUCAACUGUCGUGUCAAAAAGAGAACCAUGGUCACACGCUGUUACAGGUGUCUGGGUUACGGUAAUCAGGCACGUGAAUGCAAAGGACCUGAUAGGAAGGAUCAGUGCUACAAAUGUGGCAAUACAGGUCACAAGGGCGCCACAUGCCAGUCAGAUGCAAAUUGUGUUCUGUGUAACGAUCUUAAUCUGGAGACACAGCAACGGUGUCAUAUUCCUGGGUCAGGCAAAUGUCAAGCCUUUAGAGAGGCUCUUGGCCGAGCUCGAGAACAUGAAAGACGAUGA